AUGCUGGACCACCGUCCUCACGUGCUUGCAAGCCUGUGGCUCAAAAGAAAUAAGAGGAAAGACACUGAAUGUCCACUCGAGACCAAAGAGCUGGGGCAGGACUGGGCUCUCCUUCACCCCUGAAGGGCUCCCUUCUUCGAUGUCCCCACCGGUGCCCAGCAAAAGGAGAUGAGGGAGUUCAUCAACCUCUUCUCCAAGUUCUAUCCCUGUGAGCACUGCGCUGAGGAUCUGCGGGAAAGAUUACGUACAAAUCAGCCUGAUACUAGCAACAGAAAUAACUUCUCCCAGUGGUUGUGUCUUCUUCAUAAUGAAGUGAACAGGAAACUGGGGAAAUCUGAAUUUGACUGCUCUCGUGUGGAUGAGCGCUGGCGAGAUGGUUGGAAAGAUGGUAGUUGUGAUUAAUCUGUAGAGACUGGUUUGGAAAUCUAACAGACCAAGUCAAUCUGGUGUUGAGUCACUAUAGGGAGAUGUGUGAGUCAAUAACUGUUUGUGUGCUUGUGUGUGUGACUGAUACGGCUUGUGGAAAUAAAGGUAAACCGAUUCUAAAAGUAAAUU